AUGAGUAUCUUUAAAGGCAUUAUAAUCUUACAGGAUAUAUUUCCUAGUCGAGCGCAUGUUGGUGUUGCUGCGGCAACCCUUGCGCUAUUUAGUUUAGUUAUUUCUAGUUUGUUAUUGUGUGAUAUGAUUCAAACCAUCGUCAAACAGAAAAGACGACAUCGAUCAUUUCUAUUAGGAAAGACUAAUGGUGAUAUACCAAUGAACGAUGCUGAAGCUCGUAGGGCGGCCAGGAAACGCAUAAUGCAAUACGUACUACUUGCUCUCUUAAUCGUCUGGGUCUUACUCUCUAUCGCUGCGGUUAUUGGUGCUGCAUACUAUUUAAGGUUGCAUACUGCAGCUCCCCCAUCGACUAUACGCGGAAGCUCGACAAAGAAUGCGGUUAAUGCAAUGGGUUCAUCCGGUACAACAGCCACGACAUCUCAAGCCGUCUCAGACCGAGUACAAAGAAGUGUUGAUCAGGCCAGUAGUUUCCUGAGCUUUAAGAUUUCAAAUCAAACCCAAUACUAUCGGCCGGCCCCAGAUCAAUUACCUAUUCCUCUGCAUUUAAUGCCUCAAACCCAGUAA